AUGGAAAAUAGAAGGGGAGACAACACGCCACCCUGCGGGACGCCAGCUAGCGUGUUGCACCACGAUGAACGAACGUCGUCUAUUUUAAUACGUUGCCGACGACCUUCCAAGAAAAGAAGAAGAAGAGAUGGAAGAGUUAAAGAUGCUAGUUAUGAUAGGGACAAGAAGGUCGAGAAGCGGAAUGAUCAUGUGACGGCCCACACAGUCGACACCAACGGCAUUCGAAGAAAUGUACCGGAUAUUCUUCUCGACAUCGCUACGCAGUUAAAGAGGUUACCCCAGGAGGGUACCAGUUGCUGCACUAGCGCUGGAGAACCCCUCACUGGGCUUCCAUGCUCAGGUAACAUUUUGCCUGAGCGUGGACGCCGAGGCCGCCCCGUUUCGUACUCUGGGGGGGGCAAAACCGCGCUCAACCAUCUGUCAUCUGCCCGAGGCAAGAGCAAAGCAACUUCGGCACCCCUUGCCACGCUGGCCGUGGACUUCUGCAACAUCAGGGGUUUACAUUCCAACCUUAAUGCUGUCCACCUACACCUCGAGACAGCAAAGCCGGCCUUGCUCUUUUUGACCGAGACGCAGAUAGCGUCUCCGGCGGACACAUCUUACCUCUCCUACCCUGGGUACGGACUGGAACACUCCUUUUCGCCUAGGGCUGGGGUGUGCGUGUACGUUAGAGACGAUAUCAGUUUUCGUCGCCUCAACAAUCUUGAAGGUAGGGACCUCUCCACCUUAUGGCUGCGUAUAGACAACGAUCACCAUCCCCGUGUCUAUUCGUGCCUAUAUAGGUCCCAUAGCGGUGAUGCCGAAACUGACCGACUCAUUGAGCAGAUCCAAACGGCUGCAGACUCUGUGCAGCAGCAGAUCCCUUCCGCUGAGAUCAUUGUACUUGGUGAUUUUAAUGCCCACAACGCCGAAUGGCUCGGCUCUAGCAAGACUGAUCAUGCGGGCAGAUCUGUUUAUAACUUUGCUCUGGCAUAUGGCUUGACACAAUUGGUUACUGCGCCUACGCGAAUCCCAGAUGUGGAAGGCCAUGAACCUUCCCUGUUGGACCUUCUGCUGACCUCUCAUCCGGUUGACUACAAUGUAUUCGUUGAAGCCCCACUCGGUUCCUCGGAUCAUUGCUUGAUCCGGAGUACGGUGCCACUCGCGUACCCGCCGCGUCGGCGAGUUGCUUGUGGCCGCCGUGUGUGGCACUAUAGGUCAGCAGAUUGGGACGGGAUGCGGUCCUUCUUUGCAUCCUACCCUUGGAGGCAGGUUUGCUUCACGCCGGAUGAUCCCAACGUCGUUGCUGAUUCUGUUGCUGACGUGGUGCUGCAGGGAAUGGAGCUUUUCAUUCCGUCCUCUGUGGUCCCUGUUGGUGGCAAAUCCCAACCUUGGUUUGGUCGUUUCUGCAAAGAGGCCUCUCGCCGAAAGCAGGAAUGUUACCAGGCCUGGGUAGACGCAGCGGCAGUACGGGAUGUAAAGACUAGCGCACUAAAAAAGAAGUUUAACUUUGCCUCCAGGUCCUUCAAAAGAGUUAUUGCCAGAGCAAAGUCGCUGCACAUUGGUAGAAUUGGCGAGAAAUUAGAGCGCCUCCCGUCGGGAACUCGUGCGUUCUGGUCUCUUGCCAAAGCUAUCCAGGGGAAUUUCUGCACGCCAUCUUUUCCACCUCUGCACACGGAGAAUGAUUCAUUGGCCCACGACGCAAAAGACAAAGCCGAUCUUCUGGGCAAACUCUUUGCGUCCAACUCGACUUUGGAUGACGGGGGAAACGCGCCGCCGACCAUACCGCGGUGCGAGAGCUAUAUGCCGGAUGUCCGGUUCAAACAAAGCUCGGUGCGCAAAGCACUUCUUUCCCUCGACACUCAUAAGUCGAGUGGGCCCGAUGGAAUCCCUGCGGUUGUGCUGAAGAUGUGUGCUCCCGAGUUGGCACCGGUCUUAACGCGUCUUUUUCGGCUCUCUUACUCUUCCGGCGUCGUCCCGACCUCGUGGAAGUCAGCUUUGGUGCACCCGAUCCCUAAAAAAGGCGACCGCUCAAAUCCAUCCAACUACAGGCCAAUAGCUAUAACCUCCCUUUUCUCGAAGAUAAUGGAGUCCAUUAUCAACUGCCAGCUCCUUCGGUACCUAGAGGACCACCAGUUGCUUAGUGACCGACAAUACGAUUUCCGUAGAGGCCGCUCGGCUGGUGAUCUUCUAGUCUACCUGACACAUCGUUGGGCACAGGCAAUCGAGACAAAGGGUGAAGCAUUGGCUGUUAGUUUGGAUAUAGCGAAGGCCUUCGAUCGCGUCUGGCACAAAGCACUUCUUUCGAAGCUACCAUCUUAUGGGCUUCCCGAGAGAUUAUGUGUAUGGGUCAGUAGCUUUCUAGCAGACAGAAGCAUAAAGGUCGUAGUUGACGGCGAAUGCUCAGACUCCAUGUCUGUGAAUGCUGGUGUCCCCCAAGGCUGUGUGCUAUCACCCACGCUAUUCCUUCUGCAUAUCAAUGACAUGCUGCAAAUCAGCGGAAUUCAUUGUUAUGCUGAUGAUAGUACGGGUGAUGCCUCUUACACCGGCCGCACCAAUAUCUCUCGGGAAAACGUCAUCGAGAGCCGGAACAAACUUGUGUCUGAAAUUGAGACUUCCCUAAAAGAAAUCUCUGAAUGGGGUCGACUAAACUUAGUCCGUUUUAACCCUGCCAAGACACAGGUUUGCGCGUUUACCGCAAAAAAGUUAGAAUUUGUCGUAUCACCUCGUUUUGAGAGCACUCCCCUGACUGCCGCAGCCAGUAUCGGAAUCCUCGGCGUCGACAUUUCGAGUGAAGUCCAGUUCCGCGGCCAUUUAGAGGGUAAGGCCAAAUUAGCCUCAAAAAAGCUCGGUGUGCUCAACAGAUCGAGACAGUAUUUCACGCCGGCCCACCGCCUACAGCUGUAUAAAGCGCAGGUUCGCCCACACAUGGAAUACUGUUCUCAUCUAUGGGCAGGGGCACCCCAAUACCAGCUUCUCCCUCUGGACCGCAUCCAGCGAAGAGCGACUCGAAUUGUCGACUGCCAGCGUACUUCGGAACGGCUUGACUCCUUGGCGCUGCGUAGAGAUGUGGCCUCGCUCUGCAUUUUCUAUCGCGUGUAUAACGGGGAGUGCUCCGAGGAAUUGUUCGGAUUAAUCCCUGCAGCUUCUUUUCGCCAUCGCCCUACGCGAAAACAUUACCAUCCUCACCACUUAGAUGGUUGGCAGUCCUCAACUGUACGUUUCUCUAGAAACUUCCUGCCUCGCACAGCUAAACUGUGGAAUGAACUGUCGCCUGCGGUAUUUCCGGACCGAUAUGACCUUCAAACCUUCAAGAAAAGAGCGUAUUCCCAUCUUAAAGGCCGGCAACGCACUUACAACCCCUCUGGUGUUGCGGGUGUCCAUGGGCGGCGGUGAUCGCUUUCCAUCAGGUGAUCCGUCUGCUCGUUUGCCUCCUAUUUCAUAAAAAAAAAAAAAAA